AUGCACUCCUCAACGAGCGCCCGCGUGCUACGCGCCUUCGCGCGGGCGCAGCUCAGCCUUUCGCGAUCCGUCCCCCGAGCCUAUUCGGCUGCACCCUUACAGACGUCGACAGCCCCCGCACAGCUCGGCCGCCUUGGCAGCCAAUUUCACACUUGCCCCAUUCGGUCGCGGGAAAAGCCCAAGGACUACCAGGGCGCAACCGACUUUGGCGAGAUGGACGUGCUGGGCAAUACGCCAAUCCCCUCGACCUCGAUUGACGCCUGCGUGCCGGACGGCUUCCACCUGAACAGCGGCGUCAAGGUCAUGGACGGCGACGCGGCGCUGCUCGUCGGCGGCGAGGCGUUCGCGUGGCGGCCGUGGGAGGCGAAGGGGUCCAAGAAGCUGAUCAAUGCCAAGGGCCAGUUCGAGCUGCCGGCGGAAGCGUUCGGGCUGCUGGGGCUGGUCUGGCCGAGACCUGAUCUCCUCAUCAUCGGUGUCGGUCCCAAGAUUGUACCGCUCAGCCCGGCGACGAAGAAGCACCUUAGCUCGCUCGGCAUCCGCGUCGAGGUCCUGGACACAAGGAACGCUGCCUCACAGUUCAAUCUGCUUGCUACGGAGCGAGGUGUCGAUGAUGUUGCGGGAGCCAUGAUUCCCAUCGGAUGGGUUGAUGGCAAGGGAGCCAUGUGA